AUGGUGGGAGGAUCAUCACCAUCAUCAUCACCAGUUUUAGGCUUUGCCUUUUAUGCUGCUUGCAUCUUUGGCCAGCUUCUUCACCUUGCUCAAGCUCAAAAUGGAACCAGCGCUGUUACAGAUCCUGCUGAAGGAGCGUCAGAUACUGGUUUCAUUCUUGUUUUUUCUUUUCUGGAAAUUUUGUAUGGCUUUUUACCUGAUCUAUGUAAUGGGAUCUAUGAAUUGAUCUUUUUGGGAACACUUCAUGAUGGGAGACUAAUUGCUGUGAAGCAACUAUCUAUAACAUCACACCAAGGAAAGAAGCAGUUCAUGACUGAGAUUGCUACUAUAUCUGCUGUGCAACACCGGAACCUUGUGAAAUUGUACGGAUGUUGCAUUGAGGGAGAUCAACGACUACUUGUUUAUGAGUUUCUAGAGAAUAGAAGUCUUGAUCAAGCAUUAUUUGCAAGAGGCUUAGCAUAUCUUCACAAGGAGUCACGACUUCGAAUUGUACACAGAGAUGUGAAGGCCAGUAAUAUCCUGCUUGACUCUCAUCUCAUCCCCAAAAUUUCAGACUUUGGCUUGGCCAAGCUUUACGAUGAUAAAAAGACCCACAUAAGCACCCGCGUUGCAGGAACUAUUGGGUAUCUUGCACCGGAAAAUGGCCAUCCCAUUUCUACACCACCCACGUGA